AUGCUGACCACUUAUUACUCGGCUUGGCUUUGGUGCGGUUUGUGGAGAGGAUGUGUGGAGGAGGAGGAAGAGGGCUCCCGCGCCCAUGUGCGUCCUGGUCCAUGA